GGCCGGGGGAGUCAUUUAAAAGGUUUACUGUUUGAGACUUGGCCGCGCCCAGCUCUCGCAAAGGUAAGUAUGUGCUCACUGCUUCCUCUCUGCUGCUCUAGAACAGAGCCCCCGGAGGCCGCCAGCAAACACGAUGGUCACAACGAAGCUCUCAUUGUUGGAGUGACCGGCAUAGUUGGCAAUAGCCUGGUCGAAGCUUUGCAGCGUCCCGACGCACCCGGAGCCCCGUGGAGAAUCCGCGGCAUCGCUCGCCGGCCCAGGCCCCGCUGGUUCGAGCACCCGGACGUCGACUAUAUCCAGUGUAACCUGCUGAAUCUGUCCGAAGUCACACCCAAGCUCUCCAGCCUCGACGGAGUGACUCAUGUAUUCUGGGUUGCCUGGGAAAAGAAGAGCACCGAGGAGGAGAACUGCGAAGCCAAUGGUUUCAUGCUGCGAUCUGUCCUCCAAACGCUGCUACCAGUUGCCAAGAAACUCAAGCACGUCUGCCUCCAAACCGGUGUCAAGCACUACCUGGGACCGUAUUUUCACUUCGGCACCAUCAAGCACUAUCGGCCUCCAUUCCGCGAGGACCUGCCCCAAGUCCCCGGCCUUCCAAACUUCUACUACACUCUGGAGGAUAUCUUGUUCGAGGCAUGCUCGCCGUCGUCGGGCAUAACGUGGUCCGUCCACCGGCCUAACAUAAUCUUCGGCUUUGCUCCUCGGAACCACGCCAACGUUCUUGGCAGCUUGGCCAUAUAUGCUGCUAUUUGCAAACACCAGAAGCUCAGCUUUAAUUUUCCAGGAAACCGGCAGUCGUGGGAGACGCUUACGAACGUUUCGGAUGCCGACCUUGUUGCGGAGCAGGAGCUGUGGGCUGCGACGAAUCCAAGAGCCAAGAAUGAGGCGUUUAACGUUGCCGACGGAGACUGCACGAGCUGGGAGAGGCUCUGGGCUGUCAUGGCUCGGGAGUUCAAGCUUGAGUGUCCGGUGUACGAUGGAAAGCCAGUCAGUCUCGAUCAGCUUCUGAAGAAUAAGAAAAACGUGUGGGAGCAGAUCGUUGUCGAGAACGGCCUUCUCGAGACGGCAGUACAGGACGAGACGUGGUGGGCUGUCGAUUUGUGCCUCAACUUCCCGUUCCAGGUAGUCAGCUGCAUGAACAAGAGCAAAGAACACGGCUUCCUCAGUUACAGGAACAGUGAAAAGUCCGUAAUCUACUGGAUACGAAAGAUGAAAGAGAAGAAUAUCUUACCAGACGACAAAUUUUGGACCAGCUGAGUCGUUGCUCGUGCGGUUCGAAUGCUCUGGCCCAUCUAAUAGCAAUUACGUGCUUCCCUUCUCCACCCUUCCAAACUUUAAGAGAACAAAAAAUCCGAAGAAUCCAGCUGUCCUUCGCUAUCUAACUUUCCAAAUCCUGCUUAUCUUACACCUGUAAGUGACGGAUCAGGACGGUCUGUCUAGAAAGACCGACUCCACCGAUCGAAGCCCCUGAUAACUGGCGUCAAACACGAGCUCCUCAGUUCCCACAGGCUUGGUCUGCUUCUUGAACUUGAGAAAAGCCAACGUGCUCGGAUCGGUAUCGAUGGACUCCUCCACCCGCUUCUUAUCCUUGAAAUCGUCGUGCUUGUCCAGGUACCCACGCUGCAUUUGCUUCCGGAUAA